GCCUUCCCAGCGAAUGCAGUUACGGUUUUUGUGUACUGCAGCUCAGUGACGGUGUUCUUCACAGUAAUAAAGGUGAUCAGUUAUCGUCUGCAUCUUAUGUUUGAUAAAGGCGAAGUAAUUCAGCAAAAGCUCUCACGAAAAAAUGGAAAGCAAUGUAAAGAUACGGAGGUUCCAAAAGGAGACACAGUUCAGCCCUCAAAUCAUAGGAAUAACACCCAGGAUGAUGAUGUCGUUGGUGAGACCAACCAGGAUGACUCUACCCAAACAAUUCAUGACAGUUCAAGGGCGCAGGCUGUGCACUCGCCAAACUCACCUGGAGCAACGGAGCUGCCAACACAGGAAACUAUUGAAGAUCUCAGAGGAGUUACGGUAUUAGAAGACCAGGCUGCGCCACCAGUUUCAUCUACCUCACCCUGUGGAAAAGCAGAUAUAUUACCUGUUUCUACAGCCUCCGCUUCAGGUACCACCACAUCAGCAAUAGUGACAAAACCAGCUGCUAUGGAAACACUUUCUGGCGGUGGAAUAAAUGAAAAAGGAGGGAGCGGACAGCCAUAUGGCCAGCGUGGAUCCCAAGAUAUUCUUGUGGACAGAGAUGUAGCUAAAAAUUUCUCCAAUAUUUCUUCAUCCCAAGGUGAUAUUUUAAGGACUGGAGUUUCUUCAGACCCAUGGGACAGUGAAAAUUCAGUUAUUUCGGAUCAUUUGAGUAAUCCUAAAAGCUACAAGAGAGAGAAAUUGCCAGAUGGAUCACCACAGACAGGCUUUACCAGUAACUGCCUACAGCGCGAUGCCAUUGCAACCAAAGAUCCUGAGCACGUGGAAAGUUCUUGCGAUGCUGCUAAUACCCAUGAGGACCUUGAUUGCUCGGACAGUGAGACUGCUGUUGCAGUUGUGGACAACUCUAUUCUUGGAGACCAGCUAUGUGAGCCCAUUAAAAUUGUCAUCACGAUGAGCACUACACCAAACACCACCCUCAGUGACCUAGCGGGCUCUGUCCACCUAAAGGCUCUGGGAACUGAGAGAACGAGCUCAGCUCUCGAGUCUGGUAUAGUUACAGCAGGCUGGCCAAGUCAGCAAACUAAUGAGCAGCUCAGAAUCCCUGUUAUCACUUUUGACCUGUCUGAUGACAGUAAAGGUAAGACUUGCCCAGAAGUUAGUGAAAGCGAAAGAACUCCAGAAAAUUUAAGGGCAGAGCUGUCGUCCAACCAAUGUUCUGGCUAUGAAUCGGGUGAUGCAGUGAAGGAACACAGCAACCCAGCAAAUACUCCUUUAGAAACUAACACUUGUUCAGACCCAAAUCGGGAGAAUGCUUCUGAAAAUGUCCAGACCAUGGAUUUAACUUCUAAGGAAGACCAGCAAAACCUAGACCCACAGUCCUGUAGAACUGCUCAUGAGAAGAGGCACAUGCGGGUGCUGAGCGUAGACAGUGGGACAGAUGUGCUUUUAAGUAAGAAUUUCAUGGAAGUAUCUGACAAAGAAAAGACCUUACCAACCUCUAAAUCAGAUCUAGAAGCUAAAGAAGGGCAGGUGCCCAAUGAAUCUAACUUUCUAGAGUUUGUCUCCCUCCUGGAAUCCAUUAAUACCUCAAAGAUGAAGACAUCUAAUCAGAUCACUGUCAAAACAGAGACAGCAAAGGAGAACAGCUUUGUUGGAG